UCAGGGAUUUGAGGCAUGGGGGAGUGUGCGCACGUCAUGAUAUUUAUCAUUCUAGGCAACUUCACCGUAACCUAGAUGCAGAUGGUCUCUACACCUGCAUUGCACAGAAGGAAAAAAAAAAGUAAAUUUGUGUUUAGAGGCAAAUAAUGAAACUGUGAGGAGUCUGAAAACAACUCAGUCACCUACCUCAUAACGCAGGUGCUGGUCCAAAAAAGGGUGAAUUCAUGGUGGGGCUGCCUCAGCUUCUUGCUCUGGCUGAGUCAGUUCUUUCUAAAUUAUUACUUGAUAGCUAUUAAUAAAUCAAAGAAAAACAAACUACCCACCUACUGUUUUCCCUCCACAGUUAGUAUGUUCACCAAGCUGACGUGUAUGUUCUAAGGUGUUUUUUUUCCUAAGCUGAAAUGAACUAAGACCAGUUAGAGGAGUGGACUUUUUUUUUUCUUUCUUUCUUUCUUUUUUUUUCCCCCUGCUUUAUUUCACUCCCUUAAGGAAUCAUCUGGGUUUUUCACUCUUCCUUUCCUCAGUUUUACACAGGUGAUUUGUUGGUGGGAAACAGAGGGGCCUCUUAUCUGGGAAAGUUUUCAUAUUGUCACGGAGAGAAAUGCACGUGCGCCUGCACACACACACACACACACACAUACGGGUAAACCCACACAAAUGAAAUCCCCUCUUCAGAGAAGCCAGCUACAGGAAAUUGACUUAUGCACAGGAACUUGCUAAUCUCUAUCGUCACGUUCGGAUUGUUCCUGCCACCUCAGUCACCGCACACGCUAAACCCAACCAUCUUGGGCUGGAUUCUCUACUAGUUCAACUCUGGCAUUCUUGGUUCUUCCAACGUGAAUCAGGUAUAUUCUUGGGGAGGAAGGAAACGUUGAUCCCAGAAGGAAAUCCUAACAGUGAAAGGGCUCGGGCAGCUUUUGCUUUUACUUACCUGCACUGAACAGAUUAACUUCCGGAGUCAGGCAUUUUGGUGUCAAGAAAUUUCUUCGGCAUUCUACAACAGUUCCCAAAGUGGCCGGGAUCCAUUAGAAACUGAAGCUGCUGUCUGUGGCCUUCCCCACUUCGUGGAGCAGAAGCCAACAGAGAGCUGUUGGAAAGUGAGCAUUCACACAUCAGUUGAAGACUGGCCUUUGGAACUUUUCAAUGUAGAUCGCGCGUCUCCCUUGGAUGGACGGGGAGAAUUGGUGUCGGGGGUGCUGAGAACACAACCCACUCCAGGUUUCAUUCCCUGCGUUGAAUGGCCUUCGCUUCAGCAGCCCACUGAGGGCCCUUUCCCUUGGGAUUCUGAACUUGCAACUAGGACUCCAGGCUGGGAAGAUGCUGAGUUCCAUCAAGUGUGUGUUGGUGGGAGAUUCUGCUGUGGGGAAAACCUCUCUGCUGGUGCGCUUCACUUCAGAGACCUUUCCUGAAGCUUACAAGCCCACAGUGUAUGAGAACACAGGUGUGGACGUCUUCAUGGAUGGCAUCCAGAUCAGCCUGGGCCUCUGGGACACAGCGGGUAACGAUGCCUUCCGAAGUAUCCGCCCCCUGUCCUACCAGCAGGCAGACGUGGUGCUGAUGUGCUACUCCGUGGCCAACCAUAACUCUUUCUUGAGCCUGAAGAACAAGUGGAUUGCCGAAAUCAGGAGCAACUUGCCCUGCACCCCCGUGCUGGUGGUGGCCACCCAGACGGACCAGCGGGAGGUGGGGCCCCACAGGGCCUCCUGCAUCAAUGCCAUAGAAGGGAAAAAACUGGCCCAGGAAGUGAGAGCCAAGGGCUAUCUGGAGUGCUCGGCCCUCAGCAACCGGGGGGUGCAGCAGGUGUUCGAGUGUGCCGUCCGGACUGCCGUCAACCAAGCCAGGAGACGCAACAGAAGGGGGUUCUUCUCCAUUAACGAGUGCAAGAUUCUCUAGCCUCCCAGAGAUCCCACCCGUCCUCAUUUACUCCCCCCAAAGACUCAAGGGGCCAGGGAGAGCAGGCAAGCCCGCAAGGACUGAGGCUCUUUCUAGGUACGUCCGUCAUAGCACUUGCCUUAGGAAGUGCUUACCGUCGUUGAUGAGACUUGGCCACGGGCUGUUUUUAUGAAAUACACUCUACAAAUGAACCUCUUGACCAGUCCGAUUAGAAGGUUCUAUAACGAAGAUUUCCAUCUUCGAUUAAAAAACAAAGUAGUCUCCAUCAUUUUGGACAAAGAAGUGAGUUUUUCCAAGAAUUCCAUAUUUAAAGACACAUUGUAUUUAAAUGAUAACACAAUGUAUAGCUCUUAUAUGUAAUGAGUUUUUACAUUUGGAAAAUUCCCUACAGGGUCCCACACACAAACUGCUGUAUGAGUGACAUAACCCUCUGGGGGCUCUGCCAAAGGCUUGUAGUGUUUUCCCCUAAAGUAGUGAUUUUUAUGGAGACCACUUGCCUGCUAGAUAUUACUAGGUGAUCAAAUUUUAAAAUGACCAUAGCCGGAUCUUUGCAAUUACUUUUCCAUCUGCCUGUUAUUCAGAGUUGUACAUAAAAUACGGUUCAAUAACAUAAGAUUCUUUAAUGCUGCCUAAUUAAAAAUUAAAAUUUUAAACAGCUGUCACUAGAUUUCUCUAUAGUUAUAUUUUUUUAAAAAAAGCAUUUCUUGUUUAUGAUACUACCUUUUACCCAAAGAAAUCCAAUUGUGCAGUAAGCAUUCCUCCCUCAUUCACCAAGAUACACUGAAGGGAAGCCUACCAGGUAGGGAAUCAGACUGUGCCGAUGGAGCAGAAGCGAGGAAGUCUUACCUUCAUUUCAGGAACCGGUGCACUUUGCUUGCCUCUUCCAACACCAUGCUUCCUAGCUGGUUGUACGUCUUCCAGAGAAGAGCAGGCUCCAAUUUCCGCAUGAUGGGAAUUUAGCAAAUUUGCUAUUUAAGUGCUGAACUGAGCUGGCAGGGCAACAGAAGUUAUUAAUGUUAGGAUUCAAUCCAGAUCACUGGGAAGGCAUCUACAUAUAUGUGUGUGUGUGUGUGUGUGUGUGUGUGUGUGUGUGUGUGUGUAAGGGGGGAAAAGGUGGGAACUUAUCAUUUUUACUAUUUCAUGAAUAUGAAACACCUGAGUGAAAAAAAAGAAUUCACAGAUUCCAAGUACAGGGAUCCGGCAAACUGUAGAGCAAUUGUUCAGAUAAUAAAAAGUUAUCAGGAGAAAGACUGAAUACAGAAGGACACAUCUUGCCCUCCUCCAACCCCGUUCUAUUGAAUAGCUUAAAAGAACGAUUUCGCUCAGCUGUUAAAGUUGAGAAUAGAGGACCAUGUAACCGGAGGGGGAAAUUGUGAAGGUGGGCACCCAGGUAUUGCAUUUGCUCACCUAAUUGAAUAAAACUUAGAACUACUCUGAACCACAUUUGUUAAAGUAUGUCAUUGUUUUUGCACAACACAGCCAAUCGCAUACACAUGGUAAGAGAGUGGGCACGAAUGACCAUAACUUAUGUUAACCAUAAGCAACCCGAUUUUUUAGUUUCCUUAUGUGCUCAGUCCUUUACAGCUAUAAUCAGCGUCAAGACCAGAUUUGCGCUCAUCCCCAGACUCCUUUCUCUUCCUUCCUACAUCCAGGAAAAGGCUCGGGACCUGGAUCUUAGUCUCUGGGGGCCAAGGUUCCCUUAGUUUCCUGGGGCUGAUGUCUCUGCCUUCACCUAGACAUCUCCAGCCCUCCAGUCCUGUGGCUUGUCCUCACCUCUGUGUCACCCGUGUGCCUGGCUUGAGAGUGGCUACUUCCAGCUAUCCGGAGAGUGGGAGGGCUUGAAAGCAGACCAAGCAGGGGAGGUGAGGACAGCUCAUCUCCUCUGAUUUCCUUGUUGAUCCCGACCCUUUCCUCCCACAUAGGAACAGUCUUAAAGCACUCAGGUAGGUUUUCCUUCAGGGGCCAGUCUUUAGGGUGGAGGGAUAUUUAACAUGUUGGCAGGAAUGAAUUUCUGCUUACUAAAAUUGGCUGUCCCCAGGCUUUUCAUCCUUUCUUGCUGAAGCGAGAUGGGAGAGGUGGAUUGUCUGAACAUGGGAGGGCCCGGGUACCUGAUUCUAAGUGAGGGAAGUGAUUCCCUGGUGGAAGGGAAGGAAGAAGGGCAAGCCAGAGAGAGCACAGUCAAACGGCUUUGCCUUCACCAGGGCAGGAGCCAAGCUUAAAGGCUCCCCCUGGGUAUUCUUGCAUGUGAGAACAGGAAUCCAUGUAUAAGUCCUCCACAAAGACCUGGCAGAAAUUGAGGCCAACUGGUGUCUGUCUCCCUUGCUAGACCCUGAGUUCUCGAAGGCAGAGGCACCUCCCAUGCGUCUUAGCAUCCCCAGGGCCUGGCGUAGGGAAGGAACUGUAGCUAAACAAAGUUGUGUUGCACUGACUUGGAAAGAGAGACAGGAUUUGGGCUGCUAUGCUGCGAGGUGGCUAUGAGAGGGAAGCAGACCCUUGCCAGCCUAGUGGGGUAGGAAGUGAGAAGAAGUCAUUUUGUUGGAGUCCACGCAGUGCACGUUCUACAUGAGUGUAUAUAUGUUUUGCCUGCCUAGAUUCGGGCAUAUGUUUCUUGCACUUCAAAACUCACUGUGCCAUGUUGUAGACUAUUAUAUGCUGAUCCUUAACUAUUCCAAGUAGCAACGUUAAAUAUGCUCGUUUACAUUAUAGAAUCGAUUUGAGUGCUUGAGUAAUUCAUCCUAUUCGGUUUUACUUUAUACUGACUAUCUAAAUAGGGCAGCAGAGGGGCGCAUGGAUGGCUCCAUUGGUCGAGCAUCUGACUUUGAUUUCGGCUCAGGUCAUGAUCUUGAGGUAAUGAGAUCAAGUCCUGGGUUGGGCUCCACCCGCUGAGCUUGGAACCUGAAGAUUCUCUCUGCCCCUCCCCCCCCAACUCAUGCUCUCUCAAUAAAUAAAUAAAUAAAUAGGGCAGCAGAAUUGAGUAUGGUGAAACAGUAAGGGCAGUAAUGGGCUGAACAGUAAGAAAGCCAAAGGCAUCCUAAUGGUUCAAGUCCAUUGAGCACUUCCCAUGUGCCGGGCUCUAUACUAAGCACUUGAGUGUGCGUUAUCAUAUCAUAGGUAUAGGUAUAGGUGUAUAGGUGUAUAGGUGGCCACACUAAUAAGUACCAUCUUACACGAGGAAACUGGGGCUCGGCAUGUUGAUGUGACAUGUCUAAGGCCAGGGAGCAGAUGAGUGACAGCACCAGGAGUCUUGGGCAGGUCUGUAUGACUACGAAGCUCUGCUCAAAACCGCUGCACCCCACUUCCUCCCAGAGCAGCCCGAUCGUGUGUAUGGCCCUGCCACAUCCGAUCUCAUGAAGCAUUGUAGACCCCACCCCCACCAGUCAGGUGGCUUGUAUUUUAAACAUCAUUUUAAAUAAAAUAUUCCAAUCUGAUCUUAGUCCUCCCUUUUUAUCUUCCUUCCUGGUAAUGCAAACAAGAUCCUUCUUAUUAAGAGAGCACCAUUGUUUGCAAAAAGCCCCUGCUCUAACCCUUGGCUUUUAGGUAUAAUUUCAUAGGUUAUUUGUAUGUGGCAUGGUGGAGAUGAAAUACAUUAUGAUAUGAUGCUAUAAAAGCUUGGAAAAUAUUCUCUUUUUCUUAUCUCAUUUUUCUAUCCCUCAGGUGUCACAUAUUUCCUUUGAAUGAGGGAGUAACAGGGGAGAGAAGAACCUGGUUCUUCCCUUUUAAGGAUUUGGUAGCAAGGAAGGGCAUUGAGCCAGCAUGAGAUCUGUAGGGCCAUGAUCGGCAGGGGCCAGGGCAUCUGUGAGUGUUCAUUCCCAAUGCCGAGAAGGCUGUCCUAUGAGUUGAGUUGGAUCAUAAUGGCUCAAGGGUAGGGCCUUAUUUUUACUCGGGUUGUAUCUCUUCUGCUAAAGCAAAGCAUAAUCACUGACCAAGAUCUUGAGCAGUUUUUCACCAGAAAAGAUAAAAUGAACCCUAGAAUUUACUUGUGAUAUAAGUUCAUACAGAGUACUUGAUUCAACCUAAAGUUCACAUUAACUUUUUUGGUUGAUUCUAAAAUAUAACCUGACACGGAACUUAAUACUUAAUGGUGGAUAAAGAGCCAUCAGGAAGGAGUAAGGGGCUAGACAAUUGUGGUUUAUUGUGGAGUCAGAAAGCCUCGGUCCUGUGUCUUUCAGCCUCAGUCUCCCUGUCUUAAACAAGGUACUUAUUCCUGGGUGACUCUAAGAACUAGUACAGUCAUGAUUGUGGAAGUUAUUCCUGGGUGACUCUAAGAACGUACAGUCAUGAUUGUGGAAGUUAUUCCUGGGUGACUCUAAGAACUAGUACAAUGAUGAUUGUGGAAGUUAUUCCUGGGUGACUCUAAGAACUAGCACAGUCAUGAUUGUGGAAGUGCUUUAUGUUUGUAAACUAUUGUUCAAAGGGUGGUGACAUUAUGUUUUUGGUGGAUUCCUCUGCGGAGAGGAAAAGUAUGUUGAUCAAUCUGAAUAAGCAAAAGAAUAGUUUUGGGGUAACGAUGUUCAAGAACUGUGUGUCUUUUAAUGACAUAUUUACAUUUACGAAGCUCUGCUCUUGUCCAUAAUAUAUAAAGAAACUACUAUGAAUCAAUAAGAAAAAAAUAGCCUAAUCUGAAAUGGACAUGUGUCAGAAGAGAAAAUAUGCAUGGCUUGACCAAUAAACAAUAGAAAAGGCGCUCAAUUUCAUGAGUAGUCAGGGAAAUGAAAACAAAAUCCACAUUGAGAUAUCAUUUUCAUUACCACUAUAUUGGCAAAUAAUUACAAAGUAUCACUAUCAAGCCUUGGCAAGGAUAUGAAACAAUUGGAAAUCUUAUACGAUGUUCUUGGGGCUGUCAAUUGGUAUAACAUUUGGCAACACUUAGUAGUGCUGCAUAGCCUAUAUCCUUGAUCCAGAAAUUCCAUGCCCUAGAAAUACACUUGCAUAGAUUUCCUGGGAAGCAUGUAUGAGAAUGUUCUUAGCAUCAUUCUAGGUAAUAACAGGGAAACUGCUUCUCCCUCUUCCUCUGCCCCUCCCCCCACUCAUGUUUUCUCUCUCUCUCUUUCUCUCAAAAAUAAAUAAAUAAAUAAAAUAUUUUAAAAAAAUAAAUGUUGGUAUAU